AUGUCCUCAGAUAAGCAGAUGACCAACGCAGCCGACAACGACGUUAUCGAGCAGCCCGGUAGUAGCCGCCAAGUACGUUACACGGCCGCUGACGGCUCGCAGUACGCUACCACGACCGAUGAUAUCGCAGGCGCAGAAAGGGACGUGGCUCUGCCGUCCAGGGCGCCAACAGCCGAUAAAUGGUCGGUGCAAUACCAUAACAUGUCACGGAUAGUUUCUCGCGGGAAACUUCCGCCGAGGCUCAUCCCGGCAACGCCCAUGAUUCCGUUUGGGCCCCCGUCCGCGCGCUGGGCUCAGCCGCAGGAGCAAGUCCCGGGACCUCAAGAGGCUGCACGACGGCCGGGUCCGGGACCUCUUCAAGGUCCAGGGCCGGCUCCGCAGCCGCCUCAGACGCAGAACGCUCAGAGGCCUCAGCAGAAGCGCGCCAGAGGACGCCGUUCACGCGGCGCCAAUCGUGGCGGCGUGCAGAAAUCUGGUCAGCAGGGGACAUCGUCUUCCAUGUCUGCUAGCGAACUCAUGGCCAGAAUCGACCGGGACCCGGAGCUCCUCAGACAGGUGGAGGAGCUCGCGUUGCGAAAGGAACAGGAGACCUCUCGGGCAGCCGUAGAGAGGGCCAAAAGGGCAGCUAUUUGCGGCAAUUGCCUCAAGGUUGGGCACACAGUCCGGGACUGUGCUCAACCGGCCGAUGACGGCUAUGUCCACGGCUGUCCUAUUUGUAACGGGUCUGAUCAUGAAUCAGCCCAGGGUUGUAAAAUGCAUUGGCCGCACCGCCUCGAAAGGAGGCUGUAUUGGGCAAUCGAGCAGCGCGCUCGGCGUCCAACUCUGGCCGCCUUUCCCAACUGGCUGGAUGUCUUCACCGAGGCCCGGAACGCGGGCAAUGACAUGGAGGCCUUGCCACAAAGCUUCCCGUGGACGCCACUCUUCAGCCGGACCCUCAUCCGGGAAUAUCCGGACACAAAACAUCCCUGGUCCAACUUUGACUACGUGGCCAACAACUCGUCCGCGUUGCCGGUGGAUCCUCUUGUGACGGACCAGGCCGCCGUCAUCGCAAACGACGCGGUGAUUCGCAGUCUACUCUCGCGCCCGGUCAUUAGCAAUACUGGUGGCAGGCCAUGA